AUGGCGACUCCCCAAUCCGGGCAAUUGACCUUGACUCCGACCACAACAACACCUCGUUCUAGGGUUUUGCAGAGCCCUCUUAGUGAUGGCUCGAUCUGGAAGCGCCUUCGAGAGGCCGGUUUCGACGAAGAUUCCAUCAAAAGGAGAGACAAGGCCGCUCUUAUCGCCUAUAUUGCCAAGCUUGAAACUGAGAUAUAUGAACAUGAACACCAGAUGGGUCUUCUUUUAUUGGAAAGAAAGGAAUGGCUUUCCAAGUAUGAGCAAACUAAAGCAUCGGCUGAAUCAGCUGAAUUAAUGCGUAAACGGGAUAAGGCUGCACACUCAUCUACUUUAGCUGAAGCCAGGAAACGAGAGGAGAGUCUGAAGAAGGCCCUCGGUAUUGAGAAAGAGUGUGUUGCAAAUCUUGAGAAGGCAUUGCAUGAGAUGCGCACGGAGUGUGCUGAGACGAAAGUUGCUGCGGAUAGCAAAUUGGCCGAGUCACGAAAUAUGUUGGAGGAUGCCCAGAAGAAGUUUACUGAGGCUGAGGCAAAGUUGCUUGCUACGGAAUCUUUAGAGGCAGAAGCCAGCCGGCAUCGUAGUGCUGCUGAAAGAAAGUUACAUGAAGUUGAAGCCCGUGAAGAUGAUCUUAGAAGGCAUAUCUUGUCAUUCAAGUCCCAUUGCGAUGCUAAAGAGAAAGAAAUCUUCCUUGAGAGACAAUCUUUAAGUGAAAGGCAGAAAACUCUUCAGCAAUCCCAAGAACGGUUGCUUGAUGGACAAGCUCUGCUGAACGAAAGGGAAGAGUACAUUUUUAAGAAAUCUCAGGAAUUAACUCAACUUGAGAAAGAGUUGGAGUCUUCAAAAGCGAAGCAUGAGGAGGAACGUAGAGCCCUAAUUGAGGAGAGAGGUUGUUUGGAGCUAAAUGCAUCUUCCUUGUCAGCAAGAGAGGAGGCUGUUAUCAAAAGGGAAUUUGAACUGAACAAGAGAGAGGAAAAUCUACUCAUUCAGCAACAGAAACUUGCAAGCAAGGAAUCAGACAGAAUGCAGCAAGUUAUGGCUAAUCAAGAAGCUGUGUUGAGAUCAAGGAAGUCUGAUUUUGAAACAGAGUUGGAGAUAAAGUGCAAAUUGGUUGAAGAAGAAAUUGAGUCCAAGAGACGUGCUUGGGAGUUGAGGGAGGUUGAUCUUGGUCAACGGGAGGACCUAAUCUUGGAAAAAGAGCAUGAGUUGGAGGUUCUAUCAAGGACAUUGUCUGAGAAGGAGAAGAAUUUGACAGAGAGGAUGAAUUCGCUUGAUGAGAAAGAGAGAAUUCUACAUGCUGUUGAAAGAGAGGCUGAAGAGAAGAAAAUCUUUCUGCAGAACGAAAAAGAAGAGAUAAAAUAUAUGAAGCUUGAUCUUCAAAAAUCUUCGGCUUACUGGAAGACAGAAAGAGACAAGUUGAUCAUGAAGAGGAAAAGAGCUCAGAAGCUAGAACUUGAGGUUCAAGCAAAUGAGUUGAAAGUAGAGAAGGCAAAGUUUGAAACCGAGUGGGAAUUGAUUGAUGAGAAAAAAGAAGAAUUACGGAAGGAAGCAGAACGUAUUACUGAGGACAGAUUAGCCAUUGAGAAGUUUCUGAAUGAUGAACGUGACUUCCUGAAGUUGGAGAAAAAUGCACUGUUGAGUCAGUAUAAACGUGACAUGGAGUCACUCUCUCGUGAUCGGGAAGCCUUUAUGAACAAAAUUGAGCAUGAGCGUUUAGAGUGGUUUAGCAAGAUUCACAAAGAACGUGAAGAUUUUUUGGUUGAUAUUGAGUUGCAGAAGAGAGAACUAGAGAACUGUAUUGAUAAGAGGCGUGAAGAAAUUGAAAGUUACCUUAGGGAAAGAGAGCAGGCCUUUGAGGAAGAAAAGAAGAAAGAGCUUUCACAUAUUGCUUCUCUUCGGGAAACAGUGGAAAAGGAAAUGGAACAAGUUAACUUAGAAAUGCAAAAGCUUGAUGCUGAGAGAAGGCAAAUCAAUCUGGACCGGGAACGAAGGGACAAUGAAUGGGCAGAGUUAAAUACUUCCAUUGAAGAACUUAAGCUGCAAAGGCAAAAGUUGGAGAAACAAAGGGAAUUACUGCAUGCUGAUAGGGAAGAGAUACUUGUCCAUAUUGAACAAAUGAAAAAAUUGGAGGAUUUGAAAGUUGUCCCAGAUCGUUUGACAGUGUGUGAGAUUCAUGAAUUUGAUCCAAAGUUUAGCAAACCUAAAGCUUCUGCAAAAAGAGCUCUCCUGCAGCACACUGUUGUACAGGAUGGCAGAUUGGAUUCAGAUAAUAAAAUAAAUGCUCAUGAAGGUAAUGGGGGUGAUAUGUCCUCCAGGACAUUGGAUCCUCCUUCCUCUGCUCCUUUAUCGUGGCUAAAACGAUGUGCUGAAACCCUGCUGGAGCACACACAGAGUAAUAAGAAAAGGAAGCAACUGAAGGAUGCUGUUGCAAUGCCAUCAGAAGAGAUCACUGAACCCUGCGCAUUAUCAACACAACAAAAUGCAUUAGAAGAUAAGCAUGAAUUGAUUGCAUUAAAUAAAACACCUGGAGGUGCCAGGGAGACCACCGUGUAUAUAGACAAGAUCAUUACCAUUCAAGAAGUAGCCUCGGUGGAAGAUGGAAGAGUUACUGAGGACAGUAAGUACCAGCAAGAGGUCGUCUCCCAGGAGAUUGAGAAGCUUGAAGAUCAUUGUGAUUCCAUAUCAGAUGCAAACAGGAAAGCCAAGCGGCCUGCUGGAGUAAGGACAAGGGCAGAACAGGUUCGGUAA